AUGGAGAGUCUGAGUGAGCUACAGAACCCACUGCUCCCUCGGAACCCCGCGCACCUCCAAGGCCCCUACCCUUUCCCCGAGGCUUCUCCCGCCUGGCCAUGCAGAGAGAAGAUCUAUUCCUACCUCCUGGGGGGUGCUGGCCCCGCUCACGCCCACCAGCUCCUGGACCCAGGGUCCCUGCAGCUGGCCGUGGAGGCCUGGUACAGGCCCAACGGCCUCCUGGGGAGGGACAAGGUCAAGGAGCCCAGAGCGGGCAGCUGUGAGACCAGCUUCACAGAGAGCAGGGAGCCCCUGGCUGGGCCUACGGAGCGGCCCACAGAACCCAGCCAAGCCGAAGAGGAUGUCACCAUCCAGACUGUGUCCUACGGGGUUCAAGAGGAGCUCCAAGGCCAGGAGGACGACCAGGAGGAGGAGGAGAGUGAUGCAACCUCAACAGAGAGUGAAAGCGAAGACAACUUCCUUACGCUGCCUCCCAGGGACCACCUGGGUCUCACUAUCUUCUCCAUGCUCUGCUGCUUCUGGCCACUGGGCAUCGCCGCCUUCUACUUCUCCCAGGGGACCAGCAAGGCCAUCUCCAAGGGAGACUUCCGCCUGGCCAGCACCACCUCCCGCCGGGCCCUCUUCCUGGCCACACUCUCCAUCGCCGUCGGGGCCGGGAUCUAUGUGGCUGUGGUGGUGGCCCUGGCAGCUUACAUGUCCCAGAAUGGCCAUGGCUAG